GCCUCAGCCUCCUUUCAUCCAGUGCAUCCGUGUGAUGAGCUCCAUGGCGGUCCGGGAUGAUCUGGAGGAGAAGCCCCGGGUCAAGCUCCUGUCCCCGGGCUUCGGCAUCGACAAGUCCCGGCUCCACGGACCCGGGCUCCGCUCCAAAGGCUUCGCCAUCACCGACCUGCUGGGCCUGGAGUCGGACAUGCAGGCGCGGCAGCAGCCCGGGGGAGGGCCCGGUCUGUCAGCGGAUCCUCAGGGCGCCGGGACCCGGAGGAGCCGGGCGGGCUCCGGGGCGGCCCUUGGCGGGUUUUCGUUCCCGGGCGGGUCCCUCCCGCGCCUCGGCUUCCUGUGCUCCCUGGCGGCGCAGCAGCCCGGGACCCCCUGCUUCCUGCCGGGUCACCUGCCGUUGCUCCAAGCCCGGGCCGAGUCCCACUAUCUGCAGAACCUGGAGGCCCAGAGGGACGCUUACUCCGAUGAAGAAUGUCUCUCGGACAGAAACGACUCUAAAAGUUCUGCAAAUUCACAGAAGAGGAAGAAAAGGAGACACAGGACGGUGUUUACGUCCCACCAGUUAGAGGAGUUGGAGAAAGCCUUCCAUGAGGCUCAUUAUCCUGACGUUUACGCACGAGAGAUGCUCGCCAUGAAGACGGAGCUUCCAGAAGACAGAAUCCAGGUGUGGUUCCAGAACCGUCGCGCCAAGUGGAGGAAGCGUGAGAAGUGCUGGGGUCGCAGUAGCGUCAUGGCCGAGUACGGUCUGUACGGGGCGAUGGUCCGUCACUCCAUCCCGCUGCCCGAGUCCAUCCUCAACUCCGCGAAGAACGGCAUGAUGGGAUCCUGCGCCCCCUGGCUGCUCGGUGAGCCGCAUGCACGAAUGCACAAAAAGUCUCUAGAGAUGUCGAAGAAGUGUCCCAGUCCCCCAGGUUCAGACUCGGCUCGUUCUGACUCGUUCUGCGAGUCUUCGGAGCGCCGCGGCGUCCUUGAGUCUCGGGAAGAACGAGACGCAGCCGAGGAGGAGGAGGACCGACACGAGGAGGAGAUGGCCAUCGACCUGUCGAGCUCCUCCAAACAACAGCAGCAGGAGGGCGGAGCCUCGCUAAGGACUGCUUCCUCUCCACGGCAACAAAGUGGUGGUGAAUCAGAUGAGCAGAGCUGAGGCAUAGAGGAGUCAGUCACAAACUGAUGGACGCUGAUGGACGCCGUCAGACCAGACUCUGACAGAGUUUCUCUUCUGAGAGCGGAGCAUCUGAUAGGCUGUUGGUUGAGGAGAAACGGCGGGAGCAGCCAAUGAGAGAAGAGAAUGAUUGGAUUCUGUUGUUACACAUUUGGACAUUUAGACUAAAACUAUACUUUAAAGCUCUGUAUGAAGAUGCAUGAAAAUCAUUUUAACUAAUUUUAAAACCAAGUACAGAAAAUCCUGUCAUCUGGAUGUACACUGACAUGCUACUAUGCUGAUGCAUUAGCCCAACGUUAAAAAUUCAUCUGUUUAAAUAAACCUUUGGGCUGUUUGGUUACAAGAAGGAAUUAUUAUUAGCAAACAUACAAUUAGCAAUUAUUGAUUUAAUAUGUUAACAAUUAAUAACAUCACUGUGUGUUAUUUACACAUUUGCAUGUUAUCCAUAUUAGCUAAAAUGCUAACAAACAAAUAAUUAAUAUAACAAAUGCCUUUUAUGCAAUUUACAUUUUGUUCUGAUUUUAGUUGUAAAGUAAAAACAAUAAAGUAUUGAUACCCACUGAUCUGUUGGCAAUAUUUUGUUAACAAAUUAUAUUAGUAAUGUGUAAUACUAGUACAGUACUGGUAAUAAAUUCAAUGGAAUGUUACAACCAGUUAAUGUACAUGUAGGUUGAGUUCUCAGAGCCGCACAAAGUGAACUACAUCACAUCAUAAUGUGAACAGAAACAUGAAAAAGUAAAUCCAUCUGCUCCUAGAAGGGAAACGCUAACGUAACAUAUCACAACAAGGAUCCUACAUGUCCUUCAACAAAUCAGACUUUUACUAAAUGAACUGAUGUAAAUGAAAACUGUCUGUGUCUGUCAUAAUGUACUGUUAUGAGAGUAUGUUUUAUAUCCCUGUCUGGAAAAUAAGAGACUAUUUAACGCUUUAUUCCUGUUGGUUUGUGUUUUAAUAUUGACUGUCUGUGAUCAGCCUGAAACGCACUGAAUGUAAUUUAAACCUACUGUUGAAAAUCUCUCUUUAUUAUUAAUAUAUGUAAAUAGAGCAGUGGGUGAAUAAAAAAUAUUUUUGAUCAUUGCUUUUAA